AUGUCAACUACCUUUCCCGGACUAGUCCACGAUGCCGAGAUACGUCACGACGGAUCAAACAGCUACCGUUUGAUGCAGCUUGGCUGUCUGGAGUCCGUAGCCAAUUCCACGGUUGCCUAUUCCUCCUCCUCUCCUUUAACUUACUCAACCACCGGCACCGAGUUUGCGUCCCCCUACUUCUCCACUAACCACCAGUACACCCCGCUCCACCACCAGUCCUUCCAUUACGAGUUCCAGCACAGCCACCCGGCGGUCACCCCCGACGCCUACUCUCUGAACUCGCUCCACCACUCACAACAGUACUACCAGCAGAUUCACCACGGGGAGCCCACCGACUUUAUUAACCUGCACAAUGCGCGGGCUCUCAAGUCCUCCUGCCUGGACGAGCAGAGGCGGGAGCUGGGCUGCCUCGAUGCCUACCGCCGCCACGACCUGUCCCUCAUGAGCCACGGCUCUCAGUAUGGAAUGCACCCAGAUCAAAGACUCCUGCCAGGGCCCAGCCUGGGGCUGGCCGCCGCGGGAGCCGACGACUUGCAGGGUUCUGUGGAAGCCCAGUGUGGGAUUGUUCUCAACGGCCAAGGGGGUGUGAUAAGAAGAGGUGGCACCUGUGUGGUCAACCCCACAGACUUGUUUUGCUCAGUUCCGGGUCGUUUGUCCCUUCUCAGUUCUACUUCCAAAUACAAGGUGACCAUUGCUGAGGUAAAGAGGCGUCUCUCACCACCCGAGUGCCUCAAUGCUUCACUUCUGGGAGGCAUUCUGAGGAGAGCAAAAUCCAAGAAUGGUGGUCGUUGCUUGAGAGAGAAACUGGACAGGCUUGGCCUAAACUUGCCAGCCGGAAGACGGAAAGCAGCCAAUGUUACCUUGCUCACUUCCUUAGUCGAAGGAGAGGCUUUGCACUUGGCUAGGGAUUUUGGCUACACAUGCGAAACAGAGUUUCCAGCCAAGGCAGUAGGAGAACAUCUCGCCAGACAACAUAUGGAACAGAAAGAACAGACAGCACGGAAAAAGAUGAUCCUAGCGACCAAGCAAAUUUGUAAAGAAUUCCAAGACCUCCUGAGCCAAGAUAGAUCACCACUGGGAUCCUCCAGACCGACUCCCAUUCUAGACCUUGACAUCCAGAGGCACUUAACACAUUUCAGUUUGAUCACUCAUGGUUUUGGGACACCAGCAAUAUGUGCAGCCCUAAGCACUUUCCAAACAGUCCUCAGUGAGAUGCUUAACUACUUGGAAAAACACACGACUCACAAAAACGGUGGUGCUGCAGACUCUGGCCAAGGACAUGCCAACUCGGAGAAAGCCCCGCUGCGGAAACCUUCAGAGGCUGCUGUGAAAGAGGGCAAAACAGAAAAGACAGACUAGCUACAUCAAACAGAAUCUAUUUCUAGAGAGUCUUGCUGCUCAUAUUUUUUUUCUAAUAUAUAUAUCAUUGGGGGUGACUAAUCUUCAGUGGACCAAAUCUUUACCCUCCCCGAGCCCUCCAUAAAAUAAAGUCAAAAGUGGAAAUGAAAAGGAAAAAAAAAGGAAACAAAAAAAAAUGACAGAUCCAAAAACAAAAAAAAAAAUGAAAAAAAGGAAAACAGCAGUGUAACUGUGUGAUGAAAAAUUGUCACUUUUUAUUAUUUUUUUUGCUAUGAUAAAACUCCUUCUGUGCACGUAGUUGAUCGUUCUGAAUCAUAUACACCACAGUUCUCAAGCACUUCUGGACUUUGGAGAGGCAGCACACGCUUUUUCUCACAUAUAUCUGAUGCACUUUCUUAUCCAGUAUAUAGUUAGGGGUCAGUCAGAGAGCAUGACCAAACUGGAGUCUGUCGCCAAUGGCUGCUGCUCUAGUCAUCCCUGACUUAACUCCCUGUCACUCAAGAGUGCCUCUUUCCAUUAAAUAGGCCAAUAUGAAAAUAUCCACUAGUACAUGUUUGGGGAACUGACAAGGACAGUCACAAACUUUUUUGAGCUGACAGCAGUUCUAAAUACUUGGUCACCCCAGAUUACUGAAUUAUCCGUGCCUUGGUGGUGUUUAAAAAUUCCAGAAACUGUCUCCCUUCUAUCUACCAUUCAUUUCCUCUUAGGCCCCCCUGCCCCAUUUCUAAGAAGAUAUUCAGAAGACUUAUACAACACUGUAGAUGUAAGAGAUGAACUCGUCCAGGCCAACUGCACAGUUCAAAGAAACACUGAAUUUAGUCGAUGGGGUAUACAGAUGCAGAAGAGGAGAGCUUUGCCAUUAUUGGGCUCUCUGUCAAAUGCAAUGACAUUAUUUUGCCUGAAAAUGACAAGAAUAGGAGCAGUAGUAUUUCUGAGCAGUCCUGCCUGUAAGACUUGGGGCCCCUUCAAAGUGCUGGUGGCAGUGGUUGUGUGGUUGAAGUGAGAGCCAUGUUUUCCUGCUUCUGUGCUAUUUCUUCCUGUUCCAUAUGUUCUAAACCUCUAGAGGCACAAAAGCACCCAGGCUGUGUUCAAUAAAGAAAGCAAACAGAAUAAUUAGAGAAGACCUUUGCUUUUCAGAUGUUUUCUUUUUUCCAUAGCUUGUUCUUACGACUUCCUUACCUUUCAUUUAAGACACUACAAAGCAAGAAGUUCCUGACUGCAAAAGCCAGGGAUAGUUGAAAGAAUGUUUCGCCCACAUAAGCCUGUAUAUGUCAACAACGUUGUUUGCCACCACACAUUGUUCUAGCUUUUCUACUGUUAACAAUUAAACUUCUAUGUAGGCAAAUAAAAACAUAGGUCACUAUCUAAUAAAGGAAUUAUUUUCAUGUGUGGAUAUUCAACGCUUAGUUUAGCAUGAAAAUAUUGGCCUCUCAUUGCAUAUUUCAACUAUUUUAAAGAUCUCUGCCAUAUUAUAACUUUAUCGAGAAUAUUAGCAUUAUAGCUAAUGAGAGGAAAUAUCUGGAAGUUUCAUGUAUGAAACAAAGAAGCUAUUUUUACCUGACAAUAAUUCUUAAAAACCAUUAUCUUGAGUCUUGUACAGAAAUGAACCAUAACCACUGAAAUCCUAAAGUUUUUAGAUUAAAUUUAUUCAACAGGAGACGUUUGAAGAAUUCCAUAACAAUAGGAUAUUAUAGUAAUACAGUAGAAGAGCUCGAAAUAAA